AUGAAAGUCAGUGCCACCUAUCAGUGCUGCCAAUCAGUGCCACCUAUCAGUACCAGUCAGUGCCGCCUAUCAGUGCACAUCAGUGCCACCUAUCAGUGCCCAUCAGUGCUGCCUAACAGUGGCACCUAUCAGUGUCCAUCACUGCAGCUUCAUUAGUACACAUCAGUGAAGGAGAAAAAUCACUUAUUUACAAAAUUUUAUAACA